UUGUCUGCCCAAUUCACUCAAACUCUGUUCAUCGUCCCGAGGGCCUAGAACUAUUCCAUCAACUCUGUUCGACUCGUGUACCUGGUGCAGUACCUUAGUGAUGAUGAGCCGCCGACUAUCCAACGGUUGGACCUCAAACCUGCCGAUUCCCAGUCAGUUUCUCAGCGAUGCCGUCAACAAUUGUUUCUGGAUUUCGACGAGAAUUUCAGAAUGGAAGCAUGGCAGGGCAUCAAGCCGGAAAGUCGCCGAAGACAACAGCGCAAGCUUUUGCACGUUGACAUGGUCAAUAGAGCAACGCCCCUUUGUCUGUACGGAGUGCAGUAUUUCGUACCUGAUAUUUGAAAGUCCUCAGGCUUCAACGGUCAACAACAAGAGUGAUACUCAAUUCCAUACAACCAGGCACACUUGAAACGGGGGACGCGGCCAUUUGCACCGGUAACGCUGAAAUGUCGAUAAACAUGUCCCUUCAGGUGAAGCGCCAAUCCCAUUCCAACU